AUGCACUCCCUGUUUGCCAUGGAUCUUGGCAACUGCAACGCCUCAAACAUUCUCCUAGAUGAGGACGGGCUUCAGUAUGCGAUCAUGGCCCCAGACAACAAAUUUCGAAGAGAGGGAGGCCUUCUCAACGACUCAGCAACCAUUGGCGGCUUGAACCCAAGUCGUUUCAAUGAAAUCCCAGCCCCGGGUGCAAUACUUGGCCGCGGCGGCGAUAUCGGUCUUACUCCAUUGAAUGAGACAUAUGCGAAGUUCCGGUCAAGAACAGGUCCUCUGUUAUGCAAGGAUGCCACUAUCAUGGCCGAGUACCUUUGUUCGGUGCCUCAGCAAAAAAGUCCCGGAGUGAUGUUCUUGGCCAUUUUGUUGGCUGAUCUGGUAUUCCUUCAAGCAGCCUGGAAACUGUUCCAACUGGCGGCUGGGUCCGCAGCAACGCGCGGAAACGCGGAUGCAAUGGUUUGCAGAGGCUGUUUGACUACACGGCUGGGUGACACUAGCAUAGAAAUGGUUCCAUUGAGGAGCGAGGCAGGGGAACCCGAUGCGAAAUCUUCUCUAAAAUCUAGAUCUCCGUAUACAAGGCUGAGUGAGCCAUACCUUUCUGCAGACCAAAUAGGUAGAUGA